AUGGCAACAGUUCCGCAGGUCACUUACCAUCGGCUGGGCAAUAGCGGGUUGAGGGUGUCUAACCCCGUUCUGGGGUGCAUGAGUUUUGGCAGCGAGGAAUGGGGUAAAUGGGUCCUCAAUGAGGAUGCCGCGCUGCCGUUGUUGAAGGCGGCUUGGGACAGGGGUGUUACCACCUGGGAUACGGCGAACCUCUACUCCAAUGGCGAGAGCGAGCGUAUUAUUGCCAAGGCAUUGAAGAAGUACAACAUCCCCCGGUCCAAGGUGCUCAUCCUCACGAAAUGCCAUUUCUUGGUGGGCAACACCCCGGGCCAGCACACGCUCUUCAACCCCGAGCUGCACAACCAGCGCGACUUUGUGAACCAAGCCGGUCUUUCCCGGGCUGCAAUCUUUAACCAAGUCGAGGCGUCCCUCGCUCGCCUCGAGACGGAUUACAUCGACUUGCUCCAGAUUCAUCGGGCCGACCCGAACACCCCUGCUGAGGAGACGAUGUGGGCUCUGAACGACCUGGUGCGGAGCGGCAAGGUGCGGUACAUUGGCGCGUCGACGAUGUGGGCUUGGCAGCUCGCAGAGUAUAACAACGUUGCCGAAAAACACGGUUGGACGAAGUUCGUCAGCAUGCAGAGCCAGUACUCGCUGUUGUACCGCGAGGAAGAGCGGGAGAUGAACGCCUACUGCAACCGAUUUGGGCUCGGACUGAUCCCCUGGGGCCCUGUGGCGAAUGGACAUCUCGCCCGCCCGUUGGGGGAGGAGAGCACCCGUAGCGAAGGGACGAAGGGAACGCCGUUUGAGCUCAAGCACUCUGCAGCGGACAAGGAGAUCAUCAACAGGGUCGAGGAGCUGGCGAAGAAGAGGGGGUGGAAGAUGGCUCAGGUUGCUCUGGCAUGGAUGAACACCAAGGUCACUGCGCCUAUCGUGGGCAUUAGCUCGCCGCAACGGCUGGAGGAAGCGAUCAUCCCGGAUAAGAAGUUGACAGAGGAGGAGAUAAAAUACCUCGAAGAACCGUACGUGAUAUAUUGGAUAGUCGGUCCGAUGCUGAUGGAGUACAGGUAUGAGCCGAAGCGUGUGCUGGGGCAGUAG